AUGGAGCUGCCACAGGCGGAGCGGCCGGAUUUGCCCGGCCGCUUCAUCCGCACCGUCUUCGUGGCCUCAAAUGUUCGGCAAGGUGGGCGCGGCACGUACGAGAGUGCGAAGCAGUGGGAUUUGGCCAAAGUGCAUCUGCUGCUGGAGAUCGACCUUAGGCUUGUAGAAGAUGCAGAAGUCCAGAGGUUGAGGCUUUGCACUCCCGAGGACGCGGAAAGCAUCCCACGAGAGAUGAUUGAGUGCAGCACACUGAAGCUCGAAGACAAAGAGAGGGUUGUUGGCUUCAAAUGGAACGAAGUGCAGUGUCGGGCAACAGGAAGCACGGUGUACUUCAAUGUGCGAGUGCUGUUGAAGGAGGAGGGAGACGAUUGGCCAGAGCCCUUGUCACGGGAGUUGUUUCCAAAGGAAUACGAUUUCCCUGGCCACGAGGUUACCAUGCAAUGCAGAACAUUUGCAGCAGAGGUCAGGGCAUUCAAUGCCUUCAGAGGCCGACAGCGCCACCACAUAACCGGCUUGACGUUUCAGAGCUGGAGCAGCGUUGAAUGCGCCACAGGGCGAGAUCUGAUGUUCUGGGUGGACCUUUUGAUGCUCACUGGUGGGUUGUACUACCUCGAUGUGGGGACGGAUGUGCAACAGCUCUUCUUGUUUUCAGAAGAAAACUACGACUACCUUGCCUUGAAUAUUUUUGGAAUUGCAAUUCCUAUGGUCACUACAGCAAUGGAUGCACUCAAGUGGAGUGAAGGAGCAGUUGCCCGACCCCAAGCUGAUUGGGUCAAGCGAAUCAUCCCUUUCAGUGCCCUUCGGGCUUCGCUGAUUGUAGUCUUGGUGCUGACACAGUGCCAUAUGCUGCUCUUGGUUGUUGCAUCAGCAUCGAUGCGGAUCAAGCAUGACUUGCUGUUGGGUGCGAAGCAUGCCGAGGUGGCUGAAGCUGUUGUGUCGGCAGGUUUGCAGAGCAACUACUGGUUUCUACUCCUCGUGGGCAUCCAGUCGGUUUCAGGAGAUGCGUUUCAAAGUCUGACCUUUUCACUGACCGUUUCCUGUAUGAGCUUGGCGUUUGGGUUCGCAACCAGAGAUAAGACCGACACAAGAGUGCUGAACGUGCCUGGAAAGUUGGGCUGGAGCCCAACCUUUGCGGCCUUGUUCUCUGCCCGAGUGUUAGAAAUCACCAGCCGGCUCUUGGCCUUCAACAUGAUACACCUCGCGACCAGGACCGCAGUGCCCAUUGGUGGGCCCGUAGCUGUUGCCCUCAUGGUGGCUGCUGCUUGGUUUGUCUUCCCCGAAGCUGACAAGUCUCUUGUGCUGGCAGCUGUGAUUGGCCACCCGGGCCAAGUGAUGCUGGGGAUGCGCUCUUGCAUCCCCUUGAGGUUCUCCAUUAGGAUGCACGCGUUGCUCCAACUGAUAGCUGUGAUCCUUCAAGGUCUGGUGCGCAUCAAUGAAAGCUUGCUGCCAGAGGCCAGGGCAGUGCCAUGGGCCAUCGUAGUGGUAUCUCUAGCCACCAGCAUCGGGAGCAGCUUGGGGCUAUGUUGGCUUUCGCAUAUUGGUGACGGCAUCAGGCACCCUGUCUUGGAAGAGGCAGGAAAGGGUGAAGCCCUGACUUGCACGAAGCUGGCGGCUGCUCUCGGCCUUUCCCAGCUGCCGCUUCCGGUGCUUGCCGCGGCGGACGAGCUAUCGCUGGAUCUCGAGGCCCUCGAAGACGACCGGAUUCUCUUAAGGUUGGCGACAGCAAAGACCCCGGUCAUUGUGCCUUCCUUUUGCAUGAAGGAGGUCGUUUCGAAGUGCGAUCAGCCUUUUGAGCAGCUGCAGCACAUCAAUGUGAUUCAUGCCGAUUUUUCCGAAUGCGAUGCAGAUUUAACAUCCUUAGAAUACCCUUGGGAUCGCUUAGAGUGGAUGAACCUCAAAGUGAUUCGCUUCAAAGAGCGGAAAGUCCCAGCCGCAUUGAUGGCCAUGUUGGCUCGUUGCAAGCAGCUGGAAGAGGUCAUCUUCGCAGAGUGCCAGGAGACGGAUGAUGCUGCCUGGGAGCAUCUCGAGGAUUCCCAGUGGCUAAAGCUGCGAAUGGCCGAUUUUGCUGGGUGUUUCGAAGGUUGCGACCGCAAAGGAGGACUUAUUCUUCAGACCUUGUUCAAGUCCACCAAGCUCGAAGUGUUGGACUGGAGCAGAAACGGGUUCUGGUUGCCUGAGGCAGAGGCGGACUUGUUGGCUUCGAAUCCUCAGUGCAACAAACCGGCGGCAUCUCCUUGGACUUGGCGCAACCUCGAAAUCGUCCGUUUCGAAGGCGGGAAAAUCCCAGCCGCAGUGCUGAUCAUGUUAGCUCGUUGCGAGCGGCUGGAAGAGAUCAAAUUCGAUUGGUGUGGGAGUACUGAUUGUUGGGAACACCUUAAGGACGCGCAGUGGCCGAAGCUGAAAGUGGCCAAUUUCCAUCGGUGCUUCCUUGAGGACACGAAAGCUGGCGCCAUGGUGCUCCAAACCUUGGCCAGGAGUGCUGAGCUCGAAGUGCUGGACUUUGAUCUCAACUGCACCACGACGGAGGAAUGGGAUGAGCUGUUUGCCCAGGGCUACUGGCCGAAGCUGCAGUGGGAGAAGUGUGAUUUUGGCGAUCAUCGCCCGAGCGACCGAUUUCGACCGCGGGCAGCAGCAGAGUCGGCGGAGAUUCUGCCCAGAUAUGUGACUCACGUGGAGAUGCAGAAUGAGGCGGGUCAUCUCGAUGCUUCGGUGCUGCCAUGGCUGGCCAAGUGCCGAGACAUCGAAUUCUUCCAUGCGAGUUCUGGUACGGAGAUGCCAGUUUGGGCUUGGCAAUCUUUGGAAAAGGCCACUUGGCCGAAUCUCAGGGUAGCGAAUUUCUGGGGCUGCUUCGAUGAACUCAGCGAAGGACUGGACGGAGCCCCUGCCGUGCUGCAGCUGUUGGCACGCAGCCGGCACCUGGAGAUCAUCGAUCUUGAUGGUUGUGGCCACAUCGCAGCGGCGGCUUGGGAGCUGCUGCGGGAGGCACAGUGGAUGGAGCUGAAGGAAGCUUCUUGGUAUUUCUGCUUCAGGAGACGCGCACCAGCCCGCGACAAGGCUGGUGUGGUGAUGCAACUCAUGUCACGCUGCGAGAGCUUGGAAAAGAUCAGUUUGAGGUCGUGCAAUGGCAUAUCAGAUGAGGAUUUCAAGUUGCUGGGCGGAGCCUCAUGGCCCGAGUUGAGAGACGCGAAUUUCGCCGACUGUUUCGAGGAGUGCGAAACUUCGACUCGGCGGACGGUGCUGCAAGCGUUGAGCCGCUGCCGAAAGCUGGAGCGCUUGAACUUCGCGUCCUGCGAAACCACUGCCGAAGAUCUGCUGGAGCUGCCCAGCGGCUGUUGGCCCAAUCUGAAACUUGAAGAGUGCAGGGGCUUUGAGUGCAGCACAUGGGAUGACGAUGGUACGGAGAUGUAUGACAUGCAGUAUGACAUGCAAAGGCAGCUGCAGCGCCUGCGACAAGCAGAUCUGGAAGCGACCGGCAGCAGUGGGUUGUCCAUCCAAAUCGAAGAGCCCGCAGCGGACGUGCCUGAUGUUGCAGCACCAGGCACAGAUGAAGAACCGCUGCAAGUGCCCGGUGGUUGUUUGCCCGAUCUCAAGUCUGAUGACUUCGAUGGUUCAGAGGAGCAGUUGGAUCCCACAUUCCAGGAAUCAGAGCAGAACCAGGCCAACAGGUUGUCCAUCCAACCUGAAGAACCACCCUUUGGGGAGGUGGAGAAUGCGGGGGCCAAGAAGGCCAAAGCCAGCAAAUCUCAUGGAAAGGCGAAGAGAGCUAAGAUUAAAGUCAAAGCUAAGACGAAGGCCAGAAAGGCAGCGGCAGAUGAGAUGAGCGCCAGAGAAAGCUUUUCCACUGAAGUUGUUGAAGCAGCACACGCCACGGAGGAUGAGGAGGAGCCGCUUGCGCAAGAUGCAACGCCAAAGCUUGGCAAAACAUGA